AUGGCUCUGGAACCAAUUGACUACACUACGCACUGUCAUGCUAUAGAAGAAGCAUUUCAGAAAGUCGUUCGUGCUGCAGACGAGGAGAUUGACUGGCUGAUCUUGAGUCCCAACGGCCAAAAACAAUACACUUCGGAGAAACAAGGAAGCGGUUUUGGGGAGUUUCUAGGAUCGUUCGAGGAUUCCAAAGUGGAGUAUGGGCUUGCGCGUGUCAACCCUCCAGGCUCCGAUGUGCAGAAGCUAGUUCUGGUUGGGUGGUGCCCGGACAACGCUCCUAUGAAAUCAAGAGCUUCGUUUGCGUCGAACUUUGGUGUUGUGGCCAACCAGGUGUUGAAGAGCUACCACGUUCAGAUUACGGCGCGGGACGAAGAUGAUCUGGACGAAAACGAGCUCCUCGCGAAGGUCAGCAACGCAGCAGGCGCGCGCUAUUCCAUCCAAACGCAGGGUCCAACCAAAACUACAUCCGCACCUAAACCACGCCCUUCUCCUGUUCCGCAGAAAAAUGAGCAUAAAAAAACCGUGGUGCCGGAGCCCAAAGCCACUGCUCCUCCCAGAGUGUCAACCCCACCUGCGUCCAAGCCGGCUCCGCAGGCGACGAGCGCAGAAGACGAUUGGGAUGAGCCUGAAGUCCAAGAACGCGACUUGCGGAGCAAUCCAUUGAAGCCCAACCAAUCCACAUGGAAACCUGUGGGCAAGGUGGACCUUCAAAAGCUAAUCGCGGAGGAAAAGUCCAAGCAAGACCCGCGUUUGGUAAAUUCUGUCAAAUCAGAAACGCCUGCGAAAUUAAAUGCCAAGGACGACAUUGAAAAACUAAGGAAAGACUCCAAAGCUCAAAGAGAUGCUGAGAUUAACAGAUAUCUAGGCACCAGAGCCCCCUCUACCACUUUGCCAAAGAGAAGCGAAGACAUGGUGGUGAAGGGUUUCCAAAACGAAAAAUCACCAGCUCAAAUCUGGGCCGAAAAGCACCAAAAGCAGCAACCAAUGACGAGUGAGGUGUCUGACUCAAAACCAGAAGAAGGAGAUGAAACGGAUGAGGAAGGGCACGAAGAGGAGGAUGACACAACGAAUGUCUCUGACGUGAAGUCCAAAUUCGAGAAAUUUAACGUAGCCGAACCCCAGAUAAUAAAGCCCGGCCAGACAAAAGCACCUGCGUCUGUCACGACCGAGGAACAAAGACAGCCAACCACAACCAAAAAGCCCAUUGGCACACCUCUACCUGGCAUGCAUGCGGAAAUUGAGAACGAAUCCGAAGAGGAGGCGGACGAUGACGAUUGGGAUAAUGAAGAGGAUGAAAUUCCUGCCUCCAAACCCACGUUGCCGACUUCAACAACUAGCACUAGUGCAGCUCCUCCCCCGGCACCGUCGCCAAGACCGUCGUCCAAGGAGCCCACCCCACAACCUAGAGCAACACCACCUCUUCCUACUCGCAGCACGGAGACUACUUUUGUUCCCCCACCACCUCCCAGAAGAAACGUUCCUACACCAAGUGCUUCCCAAGAAGCCGAGAGCUUGGAGUCGCCUAACGUGACUGCAGAAUUAUCGGAGCCUGAAGAUAUUCCAGUCAACAUUGCAGAUCAAGAUGAAGAAGAAUCGGAUGAAGAACAAACAAAGGAGGAUCUACCAUCUGCUAUUGCCGAUUAUGACAACGAGGCCGAAGAGCACAAUGAACUGGCUUUCCAAGAAGGUGACAAGAUUAUCAACAUUGUGUUUGUUGAUGAUGACUGGUGGCUCGGGGAAUUAGAAUCAAGUGGUGAAAAAGGUUUGUUCCCUAGUAACUACGUCACGCUUGUUGAAUGA